CAAGCCGACUGGGCGGCUAAGAGGCUAGUGUGGGUGCCGUCGGAGAAGCAUGGCUUUGAGUCGGCCAGUAUUCGAGAGGAGCGCGGGGAUGAGGUGGAGGUGGAGCUGACAGAUAGCCAGAGGAAGGUGACUCUGUCCAGGGAGGAGGUCCAGCGGAUGAACCCCCCACGCUUCAGUAAAGUGGAGGACAUGGCCGACCUCACCUGCCUCAACGAAGCCUCAGUGCUGCACAAUCUGAGAGAGAGAUACUUCUCCGGCCUGAUCUAUACAUAUUCAGGGCUCUUCUGUGUGGUGGUGAACCCUUACAAAAACCUGCCCAUCUACACAGAGUCCAUCGUGGAAAUGUAUCGAGGCAAAAAACGUCACGAGAUGCCCCCGCACAUCUACGCCAUAUCAGAGGCCGCCUAUCGCAGCAUGCUGCAAGACAGAGAAGAUCAGGCAAUCCUCUGCACAGGCGAGUCUGGAGCAGGGAAAACAGAAAAUACUAAGAAAGUCAUACAGUACUUGGCUCACGUUGCCUCCUCCCACAAGGUUAGCACUCUGGGCAGGAACAAGGACGCUUUACAGGGUGAGCUUGAGAGGCAGCUGCUGCAGGCCAACCCCAUACUGGAGGCCUUCGGCAACGCAAAGACGGUCAAGAACGACAAUUCCUCCAGAUUUGGUAAAUUCAUCCGCAUUAAUUUUGAUGUGGCAGGGUACAUUGUUGGUGCCAAUAUUGAAACCUACCUCCUGGAAAAGUCCCGGGCCACCCGUCAGGCCAAAGAUGAGAGGACGUUCCACAUCUUUUACCAGAUGUUGUGUGGAGCUUCAGAGGACACAAGAGCGGACCUGCUCUUAGGAACUGCUGAUGAGUACCGCUUUCUCAGUGGAGGCUCCAUCCCAGUUCCCGGUCAGAGCGAUUCAGAAAACUUCACCCAGACUAUGGACUCUAUGGCUAUAAUGGGCUUCACCCCAGAGGAGCUGCUAUCCAUGCUGAAGGUGAUCUCUUCUGUGCUCCAGUUUGGUAACAUUUCCUUCACAAAGGAAAAGAACCAGGACCAGGCGUCCAUGCCUGAUAACACAGCUGCUCAGAAACUGUGCCAUCUACUGGGCAUCAACGUGCUGGAGUUCACCCGCGCCAUACUCACCCCGAGGAUCAAAGUGGGUCGAGAGUAUGUGCAGAAGGCCCAGACUAAAGAACAGGCUGACUUUGCUGUGGAAGCCUUGUCUAAGGCCACAUAUGAGCGCCUGUUCAGAUGGUUGGUGCACAGGAUAAACAGAGCUCUGGACCGCAGACAGAGACAAGGAGCCUCCUUCAUCGGCAUCCUCGAUAUCGCUGGAUUUGAGAUUUUCCAGCUCAACUCCUUUGAGCAGCUGUGUAUCAACUACACCAACGAGAAACUGCAGCAGCUCUUCAACCACACCAUGUUCAUCCUGGAGCAGGAGGAAUACCAGCGGGAGGGCAUCGAGUGGAACUUUAUUGACUUUGGCCUGGACUUGCAGCCCUGCAUUGACCUCAUCGAAAGACCGGCUCACCCACCUGGUGUUUUGGCCCUGCUGGAUGAAGAGUGCUGGUUCCCUCGAGCAACAGACCGCUCGUUUGUGGACAAGCUGUCUGGAGAGCAAGGCACCCAUCCAAAAUUCUUCAAAUCAAAGCAGCCACGUGGGGAGGCUGACUUCUCCAUCAUUCACUAUGCUGGCAAGGUGGACUACAAGGCAGACGACUGGCUGAUAAAAAACAUGGAUCCUCUGAACGACAACGUGGCAUCUCUUCUCCACCAGUCAUCUGAUCAUUUUGUGUCAGAGCUCUGGAAGGAGGUGGACAGGAUAGUGGGUCUGGACCAGGUGUCGUCAGGAGACAACAGCGGGUCAAUCCCGUUUGGAGCAGCAGGACUGAAGACAAAGAAGGGAAUGUUUAGGACAGUUGGUCAACUCUACAAGGAGUCUCUCGCCAAGCUGAUGGCAACGCUGAGGAACACCAACCCCAACUUCCUCCGCUGCAUCAUCCCCAACCAUGAGAAGAGGGCUGGUAAGCUGUCGCCCCACCUGGUUUUAGACCAACUGAGGUGUAACGGAGUUCUUGAGGGGAUCCGUAUCUGCAGACAAGGCUUCCCUAACAGAAUCCCAUUCCAGGAGUUCAGACAAAGAUAUGAGAUCCUGACUCCCAAUGCUAUUCCUCGCACUUUCAUGGAUGGCAAACAGGCAUCAGAGCUCAUGAUCAGUGCUUUGGAACUGGAUCACAACCUGUUCAGGGUGGGUCAGAGUAAAGUCUUCUUUAGAGCUGGAGUCCUGGCUCACCUGGAAGAGGAGAGAGACCUAAAGAUCACAGACACCAUCAUACGUUUCCAGAGUGCAUCCAGAGGCUACCUCGCACGCAAAGCCUUUUUGAAGAAGCAGCAGCAGCUGAGUGCUAUGAGGGUGAUGCAGAGGAACUGUGCUGCUUACCUCAAACUCAGGAACUGGCAGUGGUGGCGACUUUUCACUAAGGUGAAGCCCCUGCUGCAGGUGACCCGACAGGAUGAGGAGAUCCAGGUCAGAGAGGCAGAGCUCCAGAAGGCCAAUGACAAACUCACCCGAGUGGAGCAGGACUUCAAUGAGUUGGACAAGAAACACAUUCAGCUCCUUGAGGAGAAGGCAGUGCUGGCUGACCAGCUGCAGGCCGAGGCUGAACUGUUUGCAGAGGCAGAGGAGAUGAGGGCCAGGUUGGCUAAUCGGAAGCAAGAGCUGGAGGAGGUGCUGGGCGAGCUGGAGAGUCGAUUGGAGGAUGAGGAGGAGAGGGGUGCCCAGCUGACCAAUGAGAAGAAGAGGAUGCAGCAAAAUAUACAGGACCUGGAGGAGCAGUUAGAGGAGGAGGAAAGUGCCAGACAGCGCCUCCUGCUGGAGAAAGUUAGCUUGGAGACCAAAGUGAAAAGUCUGGAAACUGACCUGCUGAGUGCAGUGGAGCAGAGAGACCGAUUCAACAAGGAGAAGAAGCAGCUUGAAGACCGUUUGAGUGAGGUUACGGACCAGCUAACAGAGGAAGAGGAGAAAACCAAAAGUCUCAACAAACUGAAGAAUAAGCAGGAGGCAGUCAUUGCUGACUUAGACGAGCGCCUGAAGCGUGAGGAGCAGGGUCGUUUGGAACAGGAGAAGUGGAGAAGGAGGAUGGAGAACGAGGCGGUGGAGGCCCAAGAGCAGCUGUCAGACUUGGGCAUGCUGUCUGCAGAGCUGAGGGGCAGUCUGUCUCAGAAGGAAAAGGAAAUCACCGUCAUGCAGGGCCGGUUAGAGGAAGAGGGAGCGCGCCGUGCAGAGGCUCAGAGGGCACUAAGAGAAGCCAUGUCCCAGGUGUCUGAGCUGAAGGAGGAAGUGGAUAAUGAACGAGGGAUGAGAGAGAGGGCGGAGAAACAGAGGCGAGACUUGGGAGAGGAGCUGGAAGCUUUGAGGACUGAGUUGGAGGACACUUUGGACACCACAGCUGCCCAGCAAGAGCUGAGGUCUCGUCGGGAGGCGGAGUUGAGCGAACUCCAGCGGUGUGUUGAAGAGGAGACUCGCCGCCACGAAGUCCAGCUGUCAGAGCUCAGAGUCAAACACAGCGCUGCGAUAGACAGUCUACAGGAGCAGCUGGACAACAGCAAGAGGGCACGUCAGUCCCUUGAGAAAGCCAAGGCAGUGCUGGAAGAGGAGAGGCACAAUUUGACCUCAGAGCUCAAGAGCCUCCAAACGAGCCGCACGGAGACGGAACGAGGUCGCAAAAGGGCCGAGGGUCAGUUGCAGGAGCUCGGUGCCCGCCUGGCUCAAGCUGACAGAGAAAGGGAAGAGAGGGAGGAAAGAGUGCACAAGCUACAGUGUGAGAUUGAGUCCGUCUCUGGCAAUUUGUCCUCUGCUGACACCAAAUCCCUCCGUCUCACUAAAGAGGUCAGCAGCCUGGAGAGCCAGCUGCAUGAUGCACAGGAAUUGCUGCAGGAGGAGACUCGUCAGAAGCUGGCUCUGGGCUCGAGGGUGCGAGCGCUGGAGGAGGAAAGGAAUGGACUGAUGGAGAGAGUCGAGGAGGAAGAAGAGAGGUCAAAAGAGUUGACCCGGCAGAUUCAGACUCACACUCAGCAGCUGGCUGAAUUGCGUAAGCAGUCGGAGGAGGUGAACACCGCGGUGGAGGCCGGGGAGGAGGCUCGCAGGAAACUCCAGAGAGAGCUGGACGGCGCUAUCCAGAGGGAGCGACAGAGGGAGGAGGAGAAAGAGAGAGUGGAGAGGCAGAGGGAGAGACUGAGAGAGGAGAUAGAAGACAUGACGCUGGCCUUGCAGAGAGAGAGGCAGAACUGCACAGCUCUAGAGAAGAGGCAGAAGAAGUUCGACCAGUGUCUGGCAGAGGAGAAGGCGGUGAGCGCUCGGCUGGCAGAUGAGAGAGACAGAGCAGAAGCAGACAGCCGAGAAAAGGAAACUCGAUAUCUGGCAUUGUCCCGAGCCUUGCAGGAGGCCCAGGAUCAGAGGGAGGAGCUAGAGAGGGCCAACAAGCAGCUCCGUCUUGAAAUGGAACAGUUAGUGAACCAGCAGGACGAUGUCGGCAAGAACGUCCAUGAGUUGGAAAGGACCCGGAGGGCUCUCGAAACGGAGGCCCAGAACCUGCGAGUUCAGACACAGGAGCUGGAGGAAGAGCUCACGGAGGCCGAGAACUCGAGGCUGAGGCUGGAGGUCAACAUGCAGGCGCUCAAGGCUCAGUUUGAGAGGGAGCUGAGCACCAGUGAGGAGAAGGGAGAGGAGAAGAGGAGGGCUCUCAGCAAACAGGUGAGGGAGCUGGAGAUCCAGCUGGAGGAGGAGAGGAGUCAGCGGUCUCAGGCCGUUUCGUCCAAGAAGCAGCUGGAGGCGGAGCUGCAGGAAGCCGAGGCCCAGGUGGAGACAUCCAGCCGUGGCAAAGAGGAGGCAGUGAAACAGCUACGGAGGCUGCAGGGUCAAAUGAAGGAAAUCCUUCGAGAACUAGAUGAGACCAAGUUGGCUCGGGACGAGGUGAUCGCCCAAUCGAAAGACAGCGAGAAGAAAAUCCAAACCCUGGAGGCAGAAGUCCUGCAAUUCACUGAGGAGUUGUCUGUAUCUGAGAGGCAGAGGAGACAGGCUCAGCAGGAGAGAGACGAGAUGGCAGAUGAGAUGGUCAACAGCAGUUCUGGAAAGACGGUGCUCCUCGAAGAGAAGCGGAGGUUAGAAUCUCGAGUCGGUCAGCUGGAAGAGGAGCUGGAGGAGGAGCAGUCUAACUCUGAGCUGCUGGCAGAGAGACAAAGAAAGAUGGCUCUACAGGUGGAGACUUUGACCGUGCAGCUGCAGGGAGAGAGGACUCUGGCCCAGAAGGCGGAGGCAGCUCGGGAGCAGCUGGAGAGGCAGAACAAGGAGCUGAAAAGCCGACUGGGGGAGCUGGAGGGAGCCGUUAGAGGCAAACACCGGCUCAGCGUCGCCGCCCUGGAGGCCAAGAUAGAAUCAAUGGAGGAGCAACUGGAGCAGGAGAGACAGGAACGAGCCAUCGCCAACAAACUGGUGCGGAAGACAGAGAAGAAACUGAAGGAGGUGAUGAUGCAGGCAGAAGACGAGAGGAGGCACGCAGACCAAUACAGAGAGCAGCUGGAUAAGUCCAUGGUCCGACUGAAGCAGCUGAAGAGGCAGCUGGAGGAGGUGGAGGAGGAGAACUCCCGCUCCAACGCCCAGAAAAGGAAGCUGCAGAGAGAGCUGGAGGAGCUCAGUGACAGCAGUCAGAGCAUGACACGGGAGAUCACCAGCCUCCGCAGCCAGCUCAGCUGGUUCUCACUCUCCUUUUCCAGGCGUGCUCCGUUGCCCUUGGCGAUGCGUGGACGCAGAGCGCUGGUGGACGACCUCUCGCUAGAGAACUCGGACUCAGAGGAACCCCCUGCCUCGCCGACCCCUUCUUCUGGACUCCCAGGGACCCCGACUCCCUCCUCAGAACACAGCCUAGACCCUCCACCACCCUAUAGCGUCAACAACACAGAGUGA